AUGGAGCGCCUCCACGACAUUCCCGGAUCGCGACCUACACCGGAACCCGACUUGAGUUCGCUGCAGCGCAGCGACUCAUCGAAUGAAACCGUCCAUGGAAGUCGGUCUGCUAAAUCCACGGGAUAUCCCCAGAGCCCUGGAUGCCCCGGGGCCAGGGCGCACGAACUCACUUUAUCGGACCCGGAGAAAUCUUCCCUCUUUUCUUCGGGGAGAUCCCCACCCCCUCCUACCGUCCUGGGCUCUGGCAUUGCCCUCCGAUUUCCACACCAAGGGACCCCAGUGCACGGCCCUGACCAGCCGCACGGCCAGUGCUUACAGCCUGGUAAGAUCAGUUCGGGGUUGGCAGCUGGCCGGGUCGGUCCCCGCGCUGCAUCCCCCCGUGGACAACGGGCCGGUUUCCCUGAGUCCCCUGAGCCAACACCGCCAUCCAACGUGGCCCCGAGACACCUCCCGCUGUUGAUGGCUCGGGGCCGCCGGCGCCAGGGCUGCAGGGCGCUGGGAUCUGCCUGGCAGGCGCAGGUGUUGACCCGGCCCCCCAUUGUCUUCUUCGAGCGCCAGGCUAAGCCCCCACCGGGGCUCAACCCACCCCUGAACCCCGCAGGCCGAGAGCAGCCGGAAACCCGCUCGUCCGAUACUCCCAAACCGGGCGGUCCCCCCACCCCACCCCGUUUCCAUUUUUCCCUGCCAGUCUCUUCCUCGCCACAUAUUUAUGCACCCUGA